AUAGCAGCAAUAGAAAGUUAACAAUCGUGUACAGUAACCAUGCAUCAGUUUAUUGACUAUGCAGUUGAAAUAUUUUAUGACGUAUCGAAACCAGACCGCCUUCUCUAAAACUUUCUUGUUUCAAAAACAAAAACAGGCUCCAAUAUUAACAUUUUUUAAUAGACUUAGUUCUCGACUGACCAGACUAAACAGCAGUGAACAACAAGCCUACUGAGUAGGCUGACAAGAGUACCGAAGAGUUCUUAUACGCAUUACAAUACAAAUAUGGCACCUUAUACAGCUUAUAGUUUGAUAUGUUUAGGUUUUCUGCUUUUAGUUUUUUGUUUCGACGUUAAAGCUGAAACUUCUGAAGAUUGCAAAGGAAGGGAAAAACUUUGUUCCAGAGGGAUGGCAGGGGAGGGUUUUUGCUAUAAUGAGGAUGAGAGUGACUGCUGUGGAGGUCGGGUAUUUGCAAAGACAGCUGGCAGCGGGUGCUGUGUCAAUGUGUGGAAUAUGACAGCAAGGGUGUACAGUCAUGAGAGACAGUUUUGCUGCAACGGCACAGUGUACAGCAGUGGCUCAUUAGAUUGUUGUGCAGAUGUGGUAUUCAACACUUCCACACAAGUUUGCUGUCAAGGGAAAAUCCAAAAAUUCACAAAGGGGGCCAUGUGUUGUGGAACAGAACUCAAGAUGGAGGGGCAAGUCUGCUGUUCCCCUCAACACCAGCCCAGAUAUGCCAAAGUUUACAAUAUGCCAAAGGAAAACUUCAUAUGCUGCGGCAAUGGUUACAUCAACAGAACUGAAUAUUACUGUGAUUUUGCAACUUACCAACCCAUGAAGAUAUGUUCUAAUAAUAGUGUACAUAAAUGCUGUGGAAAUGAAGCAUAUGACCCUAGGAAAGCAACUUGCUGUAACAAAAAGGUUUUUCAUGGCAAAUCAGAACACUGGGAAACUGGAGACGGGUAUGUGAUAAAUCACAUUUGCUGCGGAGGGGUACCCCAAAGUGUAAAUGAAGAGAUUUGCUGUGAGUUGAGAGUUCAUAACCGCACAGCUACCAGCCAGUGCUGUGGAACAGAAUCCAUAGACACAGAUGAAAAGGUAUGCUGCAAUGGGCGCCCAUUCAAAAAGCAUUCAAAGUAUAAAACCAAGUGCUGCUCAGACCGAGGCUAUUAUGAGGACGGUGAACACCUGUGCUGUGGGGAGCACGAGGCUCGGCGGAGUGUACUGUACAAUGUCAGUACUUCUGAUAACACUGCCAAAUGUUGUAACACUGCAUUGUUCAACAGCACAGAGAGUAUCUGCUGUGGUGGGGAGGUAAUGAAGAAAAUGAAGAAAGAAGAUGACAGCUGCUGCCAAGUACAUACAAGAUACCAGACAUAUAAUUCUAAGUAUUAUCUUUGUGAAAAACAAGGACUUGUAGCUAAGGCCUCUCAUAGACAACAGUGUGGACGUGGCAGAACUAUUGACACCAGAGGGCAGCUAUGUUGCCGUGGAAUGAUCCACCCCAAACCAAGCUCUGCCAUCAAGUGCUGCGGUACUAAAACCUUCAACUCUUCGAAUCCACAGCUCCUGUGUCAGUUUGGCUCUCUUGUGAAGAGACCACCACGACAACUACAACAGGGGCAACCUAAUUACCGACAGAGGUGUGGCCGGCACAUGUUUGACACCAGGAGGGAGCUGUGUUGUCGCGGAGUGAAAUAUGCGAAAAAGAGCGACGCCAUGAAAUGCUGUGGUACUAGACUGUACAACUCUUCUGAUCCAGAACUAACAUGCCAAUUUGGUAUCAGACUUCAACAAAUGCCAAAAAUGCUGCCGAUGACCACCACUACAACAACCACGACUCCACGUCCCGAGCCCUGCCCACCCUAUAUUGAAAAUAAAUUUAAUUCCAUUUUGAUAUCGUCUGGAAGUCAAGUGGUGAAAGGCAGAGUUAACUGUACUGAGAACAGUUGUUUUGUCAAAGGAAAAACAAUAAUAAGGGGAAGGAAAAAGUGGAGGAGCAAAAGAAAAAAAAGACAUGCAUUUCGACUGCCAGGUUCUUGCAAAGAAAUAUUACUAAAAAAACCAGGAAAAACAAGGUCAGGGAGAUUGGUCUUCUUGUUUAAAGAGAGUGAUGUACUCAGGAAGCCUUACCUUAUAGUGAAAUGGUCCAAGUUUAGAAUAAAUAGUUAAUAUAAAACUACUGUAGCUCAGAUUCUUAUAAAAUAAUAUAUAUAUAUAUAUAUAUAUAUAAAAGUUAUAGUUUCAGUAGCUCUGCAACCGUCUACUGAAAAAUCAUUAGAAUCAUUAGAAUUUUAUCAAUAAUUUAUCGUAAAAAAUUCAAGAAGCCGUACUGUACAUGUAGAUCAUAGUUUUAUUUGUUUUUAUUACAAUUGGAAUUUUGUUUAGUUAUUAAAAUAUCAUGCUGGUACGUGAACAUAUCACAAAUGCAUGCAUCACUGCCAUCAGAAGGUACUAUUUUUAUUUAUUUUAUGGAUGUACAAGAUUGCAUAGUCAUUUAAUGUAUAUAUUGUUGCAUUUCCUCUUUGUAUACUAUUUGUCUCUGUUCAGAAAUGGAUUAUAAACAGUUAAAUACUGGCAAAUCAGUUUUAAAAAAUUGAGAUCAUGUGCCAUAAAAACAACAUGUGCCAUAUAAACAAACUGUAUUAAAAAUUGAUGAACUAAAUCGAGAUGUACAGGUCUUGGAUAUAAAGGAUAUGUUUUCACAUAUUUUCUUACCUGGCUGGAGGUGCAAUGAACUCCUGCUGUCACCUUGUUUAAAGUUCAUGAAGUAAAUUAAUUGUUAAGUGUACAUACACUGUAGUUAUGGUAUGCAUAUUUAUUACCACAUUUAUUACCAAUCUAUUCCAAUGUGAAUGUUUCAUUGUUUUGUGCUAAGAUGUAAUAGGUUCUUGGUUGUGUAUUUUUUUAAUGCUCAGUGUACAGUGUAUUGCUAUUUAUUUUCAUUAUUGGUGCUUACUGCCACUUGUCAUGGGUAUAAUUUAAAAUCAAAUGGUGCACCUGUCUCCGCCCACUUCCCCUCAUGCACUCAGAAACUCAUCAGCCCAAAAAGUUGAUAAGCUGAUCACUCUGGCAAUAUGCUCAAAAUUUAUUUACUUCAAAAAAUUCCCAAUUCAAAAAAUCCCCCAAACUCCGCAAAAUUUAAAAAAAAUUUCCAAAGUGGGGUGGUGGAUCCUCAGGUUCUUGAUCUGCUGGUGGAAUUCAAAAUAUAUAUAGUGUAUUUAUGCUGAAAAAAGAAAUAAAUAAAAAGCCAGUGAUGAAUGCAAAGUUUGUAGAUAUUUAUAAAUUAUCUUAAAAUAAUUUCAUCUGAUUUGUUUAUACGUAUCACAGCUAAUGUGCUAAAUAAAGGCUUUUUAAAAUCCACUCAUUUUUGUUGUAAACGCCGAAUUAUAAGAUUAAUAAUGAGCAAUGGGCUUUUGCGGUUUAAAACCAUCGUUCUCAACAUGCACAUAUUUUGUGUUUGAAUAACAACAGAAUGAAUGAGGAAAUCUAUAAAAAUCAAAUGGGUAUUUGGGGGUGGAUUUGUAGUUGAAUGUAAAACAUGAAACAUCAUAGCCUGUUAACACUUCCCCUUCCCUGUUAAC